AUGGGUGAUGACAUUGAUGGUGAUCUUUCGCAGCGGAAGUCGCUGGGCGUAAUGGAAGAAGAGAACAAAGAUGAAAACGAGGUUCCCGUAUUGUUUUUUAACUAUCAUGAAUUUGUUGCUACAGAUCCAAACACCGUAGGACCACAACUAGUGAUUAAUCAUUUUCCAAACAACCAUUCGGGUCUAGAUUCAUCGACGUACCGAGAUACUAGAAUAGUUAGGAUCCCUAGAAUAUAUAGCACUAUAGAUAUGUCUGAUAUAAUUCCACAAUUUUCAAUAUUUCCACUUGGUGAAGAGCCAAAUGCAAUCAUUGAAAAUAGUGCAAGCGGUACGCUUAAAACCUACAAGAUUGAAGGUGAAUACGAUGUAAAUUUUUUUGGUCAGACAUCAUUGACCCCUCUAGUUCCUGAUUUGAUAACUUCUGAUGAAUUAAUUUUAAUUGUCACAAGGAUAAAUCGUGAAUUAUAUGAAGCCUUUGAUCCAUAUAGUGUCUGGAAUGCGUUGGAUAAUAUCUUAGAAUUGAUAACAGGUACGUUUUAUUCAAAGAUAGUAAAUACGUUUAUCUUUGAAACUCAUUGCAAGAGGAAAUUGGCACAAUUGGAAUUGUAUAUAGAGGAAUUGAACAAAAAGUAUAGUAAUAUAGAGGGGAAAGGCUUUAAAAUUAUAUCUCUUAGAAGAUCGGCUUACUUGAGUUUGGAUAUCGAAAUACCGAGGCCAUUAAACAUCGAUCCUAGGUAA